AUGCAGCACAUGCUGUUAGCCGUGCUGCGGCCGUCGCUCCUGCGGGUCCGUGACCGCCUCCGCGCCGCCCCUGCCGCCGCCGCCGCCGCCGCCACCGCCUCCACUUCUCGCUCCACUGGUCGCGGUAAUAACCAGCAGCAGGAGCGGCGGCAGCAGCCAGGGCCGCGGCUGACACCGUUAGCCGGUGCCGCGUCCCCAGUCACGACGCCAGCCAGCGCUGCCUCUCCCGGCGUCGCCCUCCUCCCCCGCCUUCACAGCGCGCCUUCCGGAAGCCGCUGUAAGCGCAGCCGCAGCCCGCCGCGGUCCGCUGCGCGCGCAGCCCGGGUUCGAGCUCGUCCGCUGCUCACCGAGUGUGUCGGCAUCGCGAUGGCCCCCGCACGCUCAAAGCCGGAUUCUUCUCGGGCGCCGUCAUCGGCGGCGCGAUCAGCGAUGCUCCAGGAUCCGCGGCCGGCCCCGGUCGUGGGCCCUCUCUUUUCGGCUCCCUCGACAGCACUCUGGGAGCAUCGCCUCGUGCUCUUCUUGACCCUUAAUUACUCUUAUCUCAACUGA